AUGAGCGCAUCACUACUAUCCAGAUUGGAAACCGCGGAAACAUCCUGCGACCGCAUUGCACUGCUCGAUGAGCUUCGUGCUACCACCACUGAAUCGCCCGGUCGUAUAGCCCCAUUCAUGCAUCUCAUUCAAAGCGCAUUUACCGAUCUUGUGCGUCCAGUUCGAAGCUUGGCUUAUCAGUGUGCGCUGAAUUACAUCUCCUCCAACCCAUUCAUGAGUGUUCAUUUCAUGAGUGCAUAUUUUGCUGCGUUGCUACACAAAAGUGCCGACAUCAGUCUACACGCGUUAUCAUUUCUGCCGGAAUUCAUAAUCGCAUCUCGAUAGGAUUUACUUAGUGCCGCAGCUAUAGCCGUCAAUCGGUGGCCAUCACCAGAAUCUAUGGCCGAUUUUUCACGUGCAGUGAUAGCGUGCGCCGAUUUUCGAUGCACUGAUCUUGAAGAAAAUGGCAAUUCUCAGACUAUGAAGUGA